GACGCCACACGUUCACCGGAGACAUGGCGUCAAACGGCAAGAUCUGAACUUUGCAGGAGCCGCCGUGCAGGAUUAUCGAGCUGUCCACCGUCUGCAGAGCGACGAGCGGGAGCCAGAGUGCGCGUCAGUGGAUCGGUCACCGGGAACAGGCUCCGUGAUGCCGCGCGGGGACGGAGGUCUGGGGGCCUGGCAGGUGCUGAUGACCAUCUCCCUGGUCAUCGCCCCCCUGUCUGCACACGGGAGGCAUUCGCUGACCAGGCGCCAUCAUCACCACAACCAAUCAUCUCUCAGCAACGAGGCCUUGAACACCAGGAUGAUGCUGAGUGAUGACUCGGCGGAGAGAGACCACCUGAUCGGAGCAGGUCUCGGGGCCAAACUCCCCCUCAGCUCCGCCAAACAUCACCAUUCUCGCAAACACGUCCACCUCGACUUCGUGGAGGAGGACCCACCUGUCGUGGAGGAGCUCACUGCCGGUGGUGCAGGUCCAGACCAGCCCGGAAACCCCCUGACCGAGGACGGCAUCACCGUGGCGUUCCACAGCCCGGCGCCGGAUGUUGUGCCCUCUGAUGCUUUGGAUUUGGCAAAAGUCCCCAAACCCCAGAAGCAGAAAGGGGCGGACCCCACCGCAUGGACGCUCUCGGACUUUUACGACUACCUUGCACCUGACGAUGACCUCUCAGCAUUGGAUACGACCCCGGAGCCCGAGCCCACGCCUUCCCCCCCAGCCGACAUGGAGGAUGAGAAUCCUCGCCUUACUGUUUCUCCUGCUGUCCCUGACAGUGUGAUGCCUAAAGUGGAGAGUGAGCCCUCCUCACCUGCUCCGCCGAUGCCAGGGCCAGACAAGGACGAUAGGGUCGGCGUGGGCGGUGCCAUGGGGGCUGACGGCUGCAGGCUGGGCUUUGUCCGCUCUGGACCAGGCGUGUGUGUGUCUCAGUGUGACACUGAAACCAAUUUCUGUCUCAAUGGAGGGGUGUGCACCGUGGUGGCAGGAAUGGGGGCUUUCUGCAGGUGUAACGUGCAGGACUACAUCUGGAACAAAGGCACGCGCUGUGAUUGGGCGGUCACAGAGUUUCAGGUGAUUUGCGCGGUGGUGGGCGUGUCCUCCUUUGUGCUCCUCCUCCUCUUCAUGAUCAUCGUAUUCUUUGCCAAGAGGCUGCACCGCCUCAAGAACGAGAACAGGCGCCUUCGCAAACGCAGUAAGUACCGGCCGCAGAGCAGCGAGCCACAGACGGACGGCCUCUCGGUUUCCACGAUGGCCGACGGCUCGCAGCCAAAUGUAAGGAAACUGUGCGACACCCCUCCGCCCGCUCCCCAAGCUCACACUCACAACCUGGCGUACUAUGACAACAUUAUCUGUCAGGAUGACCCCCACAAGAAGGAGGACCCAGGGAAGUCCUUGCAGCCCAAGGAAGAGGGCUCUAUGAACAUCCUCAACUCUCAUUCCCCCAAGCAUGAGAACAAUCGCCCGCCCUCCGCCGCCCACGACCACGACCUCACUCCCAACAACACAGAGGAGAACGCCGAGGAUGGAGUCACUAUUGGCCUGGAAGUGCUCCUGCCCAAAGAGGCCAAGCUCCACCCAGAGACCAGCUCGCCCCUUCAGUACGACGUCUUCCUCUACAAGGUCGCCAACAAUGGAGACACUGACUCUCCCAGCCAAGCCCCUCCCUCACACAGUGCCAACUCUCACUCCACCUGUCACCACAUCCCCAAAUCGCCCAAGAAGCCCAAGUCGCCCAAGGUGUCAAAGUCAUCCAGAUCACCCAAACACACCAAGGAGCAUCCACCCGUCAACCAUGAGCCCUUGUCUGUGAGGCACUCCUCACCUGGCCGUCACCUCUCUACCGCUAAUUACCCUCCAUGCUCUCGUCACUCUGCACCCGAGUGCUACUCUUCCCCCAGCUGCCACCCAUCCUCCCACCACUCUCCCUCCCAGUACAAACGAGUGCCCACAUCCGCCUCCACCUCGCCCCAGAUGCGCAGGCCCAGAGGUCGAACUCAAGGUCCCGACUCAGAGCGCUCGGAGACCCGGAGAGAGCACCACAGCGGACAUAUUCGUCCGUCUCCAUCCUCGCCUCAUCUUACCCAGCCUUCUCCAUCACCAUCAGGCAGGGCGAAGUACAGCCCGGUCAGCACCCGAUCCCUGCCACCGCUCUCCUGACCAGGCCUUCACCCAGUGCGGCUUGGCGUCCAUUAACUCAAACGCACAAAACAUCUCUCAUGAUCUAAUCUCUUCACUGAUCUGUCCAUCAAUACUCUAACCCUUUAAUUUGUGAUUUAUAGGUGAAUUGUCUACCCAUCCGCCAUCCAUCUUUGUACUCUGACUCCCUAAGUUUAUACCCGGACGAUGAGCACAGCACCUGCUCCAUGGAGCCAGAAAACUAGAACUGGGAUCACACUGUAUCCACUACACUCAGAAACAGAUGCGCCAAAACAAAUAAAUCACUGUGUAGUCUCUGCAGCCACACGUUCAAACCUUUGUGUAAAUAAUUUAACGUCUCAAAGCUCAGGUUACCGCUCUCACAAACACAUAAAACAAAUCAGUAAAUCUCCUAGAACGGUGCCAACGACUGCUGAAGAUAGUGUGUGCAAAGGUUCCAUAGAGGUUUACAACAGCAGCCUUAGUGUUUUCAACUGUUUAUACAAAUCUUUUGCUAUUCAGUGUGUACGAUUAUUAUGUGUUUUCAAAGGCUUUUUGGUAUGUUUUUCAUGUUUCUAAUCCUCAAUAAAAAAGAUGAACGAAAAAAUGUCCAGCAUUGAGCUCUACAGACAGAGAGAGGGGAAGAGGAGCAAAGCAAACAGAGAGACGCUGAUGAAACAGGAAUAAAAGAUGAGGCUUGUCAAUGAAUGUUAAAAAAUACGAG